CGCGUCAGUAUAAACUGCUGGAUAAUUUAUUAUACAACCCCGCUCUCAUCUCACCGGAAUAAUUAUUUACCAUAUAAAUUUCGACUCGAAAUUGCCCCUGUCGAAAAAGCCUGAAAAGUUAUCGUGUCCCCGGCUGACAACACGGCAGCCGUUCACAUUCUCGUCUUCACGUUCGCUAUAUUAUAUUUUUACAAUUUACAAAUAUAAUUGGAUACAUCAUCUUCGAAAAAUACAUUCGCACCACACAUGCAUAUUACUAUUCUGCUCUUUAGAGAAUAUUCGUUUCUCUAUAAUAAAUCUGGAAACAAAUUAAAAACUUAAACAAUUACACAUUUAAACAAUCAGAUAUCGAUAUAAUAAAAUAAUAAUCAUUAAUUUUUAAUAAUAUUUUAUAGUUUUAUAGUAUUAUCAAAAAUUACUGAAAGAGAUAUAAAAUUUUAUAUCUCUUUCAGCAGAUCAUCCUACUGUUCCUUAGAUUCCAUAAUAUAUAUGCUUACACUGUUCCUCAGAUUCCAAUAUGCUUGGUUCAAUGAUUUGCUUUGACUUUGCUCGCUUCUCUAUAGACAACGGAUCCUGAAUUUGCUUUCGUUUAUGCAGAUGCAAGACGCGUACCUGAAUUUUGGCGUACUCACCGAUGACGAGCUGGAAUUGUUAUUCAAUCGUAACGGCGAGAUCGCAUUGUUAGUGCCCGAUUCCUGUGUCUUCCUUGUACCGUAACUGGCUGAUCCCAAUCCCUAAAUCGCAAAAGUUCUUCACGCAAUCUAUACAUAUAACAAUUUAUAUCCUGUACCAUUUAUUAUUUUCUACUUUGUGUUACCUUUUAUCUUGCUCUAAAAUUUAAUCCAAAUCAAUCUCAUGAUUAAUCACAAUUAAUUAAAAUUACAGAAGAAAUAAUUUUAAUUUUCUGUCUUAAUUAAAAUGCAUAGAAAAAAUAAUAAUUUGUUUUGAUAUAAUUAUAUUCUUUGUAGUGACAUGCAAAAUGUGAACAACAGAAAGAGAGACGUCAGUGAAAUCGCAGAAGGUAGGAUACAUCACAUGUAUAUAAUAUACAUUUUUUGUUAUAUUAAAUUAAAUUAAAUUUGGUUAACAGAGGCCCAUCGAGAGAUGCAGUCGCCUCGGGGAAUCCUCAGGUAUCCUCCAGUACUUGCGCAUGAGUCGACAAGUAAAUCUAAAUACGAUGGCAAAAGUGUCUGUGAUUCCGCAAAAACGACAGACACAUCCGCAAGUGAAAACACCUACAAAACGAAGACGUUUAUCCUCUGAGAAUGUGCCUCCCGUUCCAUUGGAGGAUGUAGUAGUAGCCCAGAUAUCUGCCACAGCAAGCCUCCUGUUCCUUUGGAGGAUGCGACAGUACCCCAGAUACUUGUGGAAGGGACAGUAGCACCAGCUUCUCCAUUACCCGAGGAACAGAUGCCUCUCAUACAACAAGCUGAAUUAGACAUGGAACUGGAACCUGUGCAUUCGAAGUUCUUCAAAAGCAAGAAGCAGCCAAAGAGAGGCAAAGUUAUCGAUAAGAAAAUCAGAUUGGAGGACAAGUCGCUCAAGGAGUGGCAUCAGAAUACAAGGAUUCAUUGCAAAUCUCAAUUGGACUUACCACAAGUGCAUCGUCCGCCACCAGCGAUGGAACUGUUCGAUCGACCUUCGCACCAGCCCAAGCGAUGGGCCAGAAAACUGUAUGAUCUGUUUGCUGAUAACGUUAGAGGCCCAUUCACGGCUCCAGACCAAGAGGACGCAGCCACGUCAAUGCAAGAAAUACGAGCCACGACGAGCAGGCUGGAUCAUCCUACGGAGGAAUGGAGUACGCUUAGAAAGUUGCAGGCCACGACUGCUGCCGAUGGUACUGCCAUGGAGAGCAUCUCGAAUAUCUCUCCCACCGAUUAUGAAAUGGCAGAAACGGCAACGGUACACAGCACUCCAGAGGCAUCAACGGUGCUGUUAGCAGAGGCAGACAUGGCCAUUUCAGAGCAAGAUAUUAACAGCGCCGUGCAAGAUGUCGAGAUGAAAGUAGAUGACGCGGAUGAAGACAGCCUCCUCGAUGUCAAAGUUAUGCUGGAGAAACGAUGGCGUCAAUGGGAAAUAAGAGAUCGCGUCUCGAAAUCUUCCACCCCGAUUGCGGCGGAAUCCGUACAUCUGACAGUUCAGGAGGUUCUGGCUAUGUUGGAGGUCUUGUGGCACGAUCGGGAAAUUGUCAGAUUUAACGACCUCAUCCCAAGAGAUACAUACUCGACAAACGAUGUUGUUCAUGUUUUCAAAAUACUUCUUGUAAUCCAAUGUCCGAGGCACGUUUGAUUAAUAAGUUAGUUUCAAUAUAGAACUUAAUGCGAAGAAGAAGCUCAUUCUGCGACAGACCGCUUGCUACCGUACUCUCUGGAUCGGGAAACUUUAAUUCGACUAAAUUGUAAAAUGUAUUAUAUUAAUUGAUUCUCAAAUACUAACGCCGACUUAUUAAAUUAUUUAUUUUUCGGAUUCAUUAUAAUUCUUGUUUUUUCUAUUGUAUUCUUUAUUGUUUUGUUACUAUAAUUAUUGUUUUGGUCAGUAUAAUAUAUUUGUACAAAUACUAAUUUACCUAAAUACUGAAUUAUAACGCAGUAUUGUAUCGCGGCUAGAGUUAAAAUGUGAAAUAAAUGUCGCAGUAUUUUAUUAAUUGUGGGAUGUUUCACUUUUCACCUUCCGCAAAUCUAAAUUUUCAUUUUGAAAUACACGUACAUGGAUUAGUAGUAACAAAUAUUUUAUUUCUAAUUUAUAUAGAUUUAUAUAGAUUAUAUAGAUUUAUGUAAAUAUACAAUUGAUUUUUACAGUAUAAGCAUUUCUUACGAAAUAAUAUUAAAGAACUAUUGAAGUUUAUAGAAACUUAACUGGCUGCUUCUAAUUUAUCAUAGUGACAUAAUCAGUUAAUUAAUCAUUAACUGCAGUUAAGUUUUUAUAAAAACACUUUUAUGAAAUUAAUAUUUUAAGAUUCGAAUAUCUCUGUAUAUAAAAUAAAUAACGAGGGACCAAUCACACGUAUUUAGAGGUACUGAAUGGCCCAUUGAGCCGAAAAUGAUAAAAAAUUAAUUUUCGUCCGGCUAACUUCCCACAAAAUUUUCUUUUUUUAAAACAAAAACAGUAUUAGCCAACAAAAAUUUUAAUUAGGCCAAUAAUAACCGACAAACGACCAACAAACGAUUCGUAAAAAAAAUUAAAAAAGUAAAAGUUGCCCGGCUAACUUCCCGGAGGUCUUCUUUCAAAUAAAAAGGAGCGAAGAAAGUGUUUUGAAGCAUUUAUAGCGCUAAAUGGAUCGCGCCUGAAUAUCAUGAAUAUGAUUAACAAUAUUGAAUAAUGUUGAAAUUACUAUCGAUACAUAUCGAUCAUGCCGAUCUUUUUAAAUUCUUUGUAGUUGCACUUAUUUCUUUCUAGUUUUCAUUUUUCUCCUUCCUCUUUGUUUUUUUACAUAGAAUAUCUACUUCAUAUCAAAUGCAACUUCAAAAAAUAAACAUAUGAUAAACCACCGAUAUCGAUAAACUGAGAUAGUUGCAAAACAACUAUUUUCCUAGGACUAUUUUUUUAAAACACAUUUAUUUGAUAUCUUUCACAUACGAGUCAAGGAAAACAAUAUAUUAUUUCAUAGAUAUUUUUAAAUAUUUCUUUCCAAAAACAAUAUUGUGUUUCGUACAAAGAGUGCAGAGAAAGUACAUAAACUAGUUGCGUUUCUGAUAAAAGUACCGUUGAUUGCAACCAACUUCAGAGUAAUACAAAUGGCUACUAAAAUCUUGAAAUUAUCGAACACUGAUUCUUGCCGCAAACAAAUCACGUUAAAAUGAGUACAAUUUCACAUGCGUUGCAUUUUUCAGUAUGAAUAAAUGAUAAUAAAUGAUGAAAGCAGAAAUAAAUUCUUAUAAAUAAAUUAUAUUUGGGACAAAAAUACAUAUAUAUAUACUUUGCUAUCAACGGACAGCUGUAACUCAACGGGUGAACGGCAUUGGCCAUAUCUUUCUUUCCUCAUCAAUCGUCGGGAAAAUCACGAUGUAAAUUCUGGAGCGCCUUUUCUCACGCAGAAAACGCAUCGCACGUGUGUGCCUGCGCGCACCGCGAGCGGCUCCGAGCGCAUAUGCGCGACACAUGCCCGGCGACACGCGGUCCGGCGUGCGUCAAAUUGCGUCAAACGUGAAAGUAAACGAUGCAUGUAUGGUGUGCAGCAAUUGCUCGAAGGAGAAUACAAGUGUACAAAGCAUCAGGCCUUUCCCAGUUUUGGACGAAAGGCCUCGAAAAAGUGAGAGGUUCUAUCCUCGUUGAUUUCGCCUCAAGUCCAAUUCUCGUUUGCCGAAAGCGAGGCAAAGUCCAUUCGGAAAAGCACGUGAUAUCCCGAUGUGUGAUUUCAAACUGUCGCGCCUGUAAUCGACCGUCGCCAUUCUUCCUACGUUCCAUCCACCGAAGAGACAACAAGCAGCCGCCGCGGCGCGGGACAGCUGCGAUGCGAUCGAAGGGAACCGAGCGCGAUGGCUGGCGGGAGCGCGCGCUUUCGCGAGAGGUAUGUUGCAGGAGGCAAGUGCUCCCAUUUAUAUCCAGAACGUAGAGAGAAGAAAAUACCAAGAGCAAUCAAGCAGUAGAAAAAUCAUAGUGAGAGAAAAGUGGAUGGUGAAGUUAGUUAAGGACAGUA